CGCCCUCGACCCCUCCCCCCCCCCACACCUCCAAGAGGACACCAUGGGCCUCUUCUCCUCCUCCAAGCCCGACUUGGGCGACGAUCCGGCGACCGAUUUCGCCGACAUUGCUGCUGCCGCUCAAGACAUCCCGCUGCCCGAGAUCCUGCCGCGGCCAGCCUCCCUCUACACCCUGCCGACGCUGCCGCCCGAGAUCAACCCGACCGACCCCUUGGCCGUGGCCAUCUACCACCAUGAAAACAACCGCCUCGACAUUGCCACAUAUUUCUUCUCCUACUCGGCGAGCCAGGGACACCCCAUUGGCCUGUUCCUGUAUGCCAUGUCGCUGCGGCACGGCUGGGGCAUCGAAAAGAACGAGGCGCUCGCCUUCAAGCUGCUGGAGAAGGCCGCCGGCUCGGCCGUCGACAACCUUGUCCAUGGAGUCCAAACUACCCUGAGUCGGCGACCUACUCGGUCCAACAGCGGCUCGGCUCCGACUGCGGUCUUGCCGGCCUCUCGCCACGAGCCCAUCACCCCUCCACCCCGAAUCGCCUCGGCUCCCAAGAACACCUUCGGUGGUACCGGUGCCAACAGCAGCAGCAGCAGCAACUUCAACGGCUCGACGUCGACCGCCAUCGCCAGAGAGGAGCUGACCCUGCCUAUUUACGAAAUGGCCAUGUGCUUCAAGCAGGGCUGGGGCGUGCGGAAAUCGGCACGGACGGCAGCCUACUAUUUGACUGUCGCUGCCCAGCUCGGCGACGUCGAUGCCCAGAUGGCCCUGGGCGAAUGCUACCUGGCCGGAGACGGGGUCAAGCAAAGCAAGAAGAUGGCCGCCAAGUGGUUCCGGAUGGCGCAGACCCAGGGAGCGCACAUGGUGCAGAUGCAGUGGAUCUGGAAGGACAAGUACAACUGAGGCCCAGAGUCGACGACGACGACGAAACGGUGGGAGGAGGCUGCUGCUGGUGUCAGGUAGAGUCUCCUCGGACGCUGCAAGCCUUCUGCAGGUCUGUCGCAAGCGCUUCCACCGGGGAAACAUGUGCGACAUCCGUGCAUUCUCCUUGCCCAACACCUUCGCAGCCUCGGCUCAUUGGCCACGUCGGCGACCAUCACUGUUGCGACGUCAAAGACUGCAUUGCUGUCGGAGCGAUAGCACUUGCAAAGCUGCGUGCUUCAGACGUGCAAUCCGCUUGGAAACCUAGCAGAGGUGGCAUUCGGCAAUUGAGAUCAAGGCCGCGUUCAUGUUUCUGGGUCCGAAUACACUCAUGUACACGUCCUUGA